AUGGCAACCCGCUCCCGGAGCUCCGCUUGUCCCUUGUCCCCUCUCAAUCAAGGAGAGUUGGGACCCACUCUUCCGGCAACCUCCGUUGAGUCAACAAGCCUUGAACCAGAGGUCUAUGGGGAAAUCUCCCUCAGCCAAGCAAUCUCCCUUAUCCUGGGAUUGCAAAACCAAGUCCUCUGGCUCAAGCAGGAACUUGAGGAAACCAAGGAAGCAGCAAAGGAAGCACAAGACUGGAUGGGAGCAGUUGACCAAGCCCUCACUUGCAUUGAGGCUAGGGGUGGAGCCCCACACACACCAGAAGACCGGAAACCCCUGGCAGUCAAGGCCACGCCCAGGCCCCUACCCAAAACCAACACUUUUCCAGCGCCUAGUGCGCCCCUCAUUGCCUGGGCUACCCCCUCCAAGGCUCUCCCUGCCUUUGCACAGCCAGCUCCCAUCCGGGCUCCCCCGCGAGUCCAUACUCCCGCUCCACCUUUGCCUAUCCGCCUCCGUUCCCCCCAGCUCCCACAACCAGUGGCCCCUGUAGUUGCUUACCAAACCCCAGUCAAGGUAGAUCACCCCGACGCCUAUACUGGGAAAAUUGGGAACAAAGCCCACCAAUGGCUUACAAGGAUGUUGGCAUGGGUUUGUCUGAACCAGCGGAUGUUCCCAACAGAUCAGGAGGUCCUAUCAUUUCUCCUGAUGAACAUGAAGGAUGUAGCAGGAGCCUGGGCUCAUCCCCACCUCAACCAAUUAGGGUCUCACAGGGCUCUAAUCCAAACGGUCAACAAAUUCAGGACAGAGUUCUUGGCUGCAUUCGGUAACCUGGAUGCCACGCCAGCCGCCAAGCAGCAAAUUACACACCUCACUCAGACAGGAACCUGUGCUGAGUACAUCACAAAAUUCAGGACCAUUGCCAUGGACCUGGAUUGGAACAACGCCGCCCUCCGGGGGCAAUUUGCACAAGGCCUCCACUGGGAGGUCAGCCGUCUCAUUGCCACUCAAGAACGGCGCCCCACCACCCUCCUCAAGCUACAGAAUGUAGCCCUGGUCAUCAACAAUGCCCUCCGUGAAGAACGCGCCAGCCACCCACCAAAGGGUAAUAAGCCUGGCACCUCCACCACUACCCCCAAUAGGGGGGCAAGUACUGGCCAACAGGCCACAAAGCCAGGGCGCCUCUCCAGCAAUCCCAACUUUGUCUCCAAGGAGGAACAAAACCGCCGCAGGGCUGAAGGCCUCUGCAUCAAAUGCAGAAAGGCGGGGCACAAAUUUGCGGAAUGCCGCACUGGCUGGAAAGCCACGCCUAAGGAGGAAGGCGCCAAAAAAGAAGCCGCCAAGAUUGGCAAAGAGUCUGGACCUGAAUUGGGAAAAGACUAA